AUGACCGUCAACACAACCAAAAUCGACGCCCCGUUUCAUGAAGCUGUAGGCGCUUUAAUGCACUUGAUGACCGCGACACUACCGGACAUUGCCUUUGCUGUGAGUUACGUUUCGUGCUUCGUGGAAAACCCCCAAGUCGAGCAUCGGAUGGCGGUCAAGCGCAUUUUGCGAUACUUUCAAGGGACUAAGCCGCACGGCAUCUGUUUCAAGUCUGAUGACAAGAUAGACUUCUGCGGCUACUCGGAUGCAGACUGGGCCGGCGACCAUGCAGACCGCAAGUCGACUUCGGGAUAUGCGUUCAUCCUGAUGGGUGCUCCGAGGACAAGUGGACCCGAGCUCAAGAUCAUGGAAGAUAACCAAUCGUGCAUCAAGAUGACGAACAAUCCUGUGAACCAUGGUCGGGCCAAGCACAUCGACAUCAAGUACCAUCACAUUCGUGAUGAAGUCAAGCGUGGUGAUGUCACUUUAAAUUACUGUGAGACUACGAUUAUGUUGGCGGACAUCAUGACCAAGGGACUGCCAGGACCGCGUCACAAGGACUUGACGGCAGCGCUCGGCAUACACGCGUGUUUGCAUUGA